CUCCCCCGCCGCGCUCGAGAGAAUGGUCGAGUCCUCGGCGCUCUUUGCUACCAGGAUGGCCGGGGCUGUUUGGGGCGCUAUCCGAGCCCAAUGUCAGUGGGCAUCCUGGGACCGCAAGGCCAGAAGGUGCCUUCCUCCCCCAGGUUCAUGCUGAAGACCUCAGUAGAGCUCACCAUCAAUGGAAUUCAGGCCCUCCAGCUGCAGCACAAAGGCCGAGGUGGCUACCGGGUCAAGUCCAGCACAUCUUUCGUGGAUGAGACACUGUUUGGCAGGCCUGCAGGGGCCCGGCCAGCGCCACCAGAGUUUGACCCUCCUUGGGCUUUAGAGAAGGCCAGAUCUGGGAAGGCCGUGCCGUUGACCCCUAAUUCUGAGAGUGCAAAAUGGAACCAGGAUUUGGACCCAUCCAAAAGCAGCAGCAGUACCCCUCCCCAAACUCCCAGGAGGAAAAAUAAAUACAGGCCCAUCCGUCGCACACCGUCCUACUGUGAUGAGACUCUCUUUGGCUCACGAGAGGAGGGACCCACCUGGGAGGCACCAUGGAUGAAGAAGGAGGAUGCUGCAAAGCUCCGGCCCCUCCUUUGGAGCCCACCAUCGGCACCCUGGGCUAGUCGCUCACCCCGUCCCAAGGAGACCCCACUGCGGGCCAUUCACCCUGUGGCUUCCUCUGAGCCAAAGAGCAGGAGCAAGUCAGACAUUUGGCAGAGGCCCUUGGGGGGGUUGGACUCCCCAGGCUCCCUCAAGAAGGGGUGUUCCCGCUCACUCACCCACCUGAAUGCCUCCCCUGGGGGGCACUCCCUUGCCACCAGUCCCCCCCACCAGAGGGGGCAGCGGCAGGCUUGGGCUCAGACAGCUGCAGUGACCUUCAGGAGCCCACUGGUGACCCCCAGGGCUCAUUCCAUCAGCCUCUCAGAACCAGCUACUCCCCGGAAGUAUGUGGCCACCCCCAAGCCAAAGCCGCCCUGGAAGUGACCUGGGACUCUUGCCUCAGUGUCAGGCCUGGGGGCGUAGACUGGGACAGGGGCACGGGCUUGUGCCAGGCUUUAAUCUUAUCCCAGUUUCAUGAGAGUGGGGAGAUGCCCAGUCCUCGAGAACAGCCUUGACUUAUUCAUGCGCACACACACCAUCUGCUCUAGGAGGGUCAAUGUGCAGACUCUGUCCUUCUCUCUUGUUCCCUUGUCCAUAGCUGGAGGAGGUCACCAUGCCACCAAUAAACUCUACUGUUGCCAAGC